CAUUUCGAGGUCGUGAGUGACACAAAAGGGGAACAAACGGCAGCCUGCACCUCCUCCGCUCCUUGUGAGGCAUGUUGCUGUAAUUAUUUCCUUGAAGCCACCACACUGCCCGUGUCCCCAACACUUCCUCUGUGUGAAACACGGGACCUGUGAGCUCAGCUGGAUUGGUCCAUCACAACAUCGGCUAUCAGUCUGUCUCCGCUCCUCUAACGGCUAGCUUAGCCGUCGUAGUACGGACGCUACUUUCACCGCAGCCGAAGAAGAAGCAGGAACCUCUUAAUUCUGACUUAAAGGCCGAAAUAACACGUUAAGGCACCAGUUCCCUCUGAGGCUGUCAUCUGAUGGAGCAGUGCUUAUCAGUCUUUGUGAAGAGACACCAUGUUUCCUUGUCACGUAACUCCCUGGCCCUCCGCUGAACCGCCGGCCUCCUGUGGUCAUGCGCCGCCAGCACAGCCCUCACAGCCCCUGCCUGAUCUGCUGUGCAGCUGUCCCGCUCCACCUUUGAACACCCACUCUGAGACGCCCUCGCCAGACCCCAUGGAGUCCCUCAUCGUGGUCACGGAGUACGAACCCAGCAGACCGCCCGGAGAGGCUGGGGAGGAGGAGGUAGAAGAAAUGGACAGUUCUGAGACGCCCGAGCCAGCUUCCUGUGUGGCGCCAUCUUUCCGGACUUCCUCCUGCGACCUGCUGUCGCACACAGUCAGCCGCUCAGAGGCUCUGCUACCUGAAAGCCAAGAGCAAAGGGGAAGAUUAAACCUGUCAGACCGGAAGCUGUCUCUGCAGGAGCGCUCGCAAACUGCAACAUCACCCUGCAACUCACCUGGACUCAACGGGCGCUAUAUUUACCCGUCGCUACCCUACUCUCCCAUCACAUCGCCCCACUCCUCUCCACGCUUGCCCCGCCGGCCCACUGUGGAGUCCCACAGUGUGUCCAUCACAGACCUCCAGGACUGUGUUCAGCUCAACCAGUACAAGCUGAAAGACGAGAUUGGAAAGGGCUCCUAUGGUGUUGUCAAGUUGGCUUACAAUGAGGAUGACAACACAUACUAUGCGAUGAAGGUGUUGUCCAAGAAGAGGCUGAUGAGACAGGCGGGUUUCCCACGGAGACCUCCCCCUCGUGGAGCCAGAGCAGCCCCUGAGGGUCCCCCCCAGCCCAAAGGACCCCUGGAGCGGGUCUAUCAAGAGAUCGCCAUCCUGAAAAAGCUAGACCAUUCUAAUGUGGUGAAACUAGUCGAGGUUUUGGAUGACCCCAGCGAGGACCAUCUGUACAUGGUGUUCGAGCUGGUCAAGCAAGGGGCUGUGAUGGAGGUGCCGACAGAUAAACCUUUCAGCGAGGACCAGUCACGCUUUUACUUCCGAGAUCUGCUCAGGGGAAUCGAGUACUUACAUUACCAGAGGAUCAUCCACAGAGACGUUAAACCGUCCAACCUGCUGGUGGGAGAAGAUGGACACAUCAAGAUCGCAGACUUCGGAGUCAGUAACCAGUUUGAGGGGGCCGAUGCCCUUCUGACCAGCACGGUGGGAACACCUGCUUUCCUGGCACCUGAAGCGCUCUCGGAGACCAGAAAGAACUUCUCUGGGAAGGCGUUGGAUGUUUGGGCCAUGGGAGUGACACUUUACUGCUUCGUCUUUGGAGUGUGUCCAUUCAUGGACGAGCGCAUCCUUAGUCUUCAUCAGAAAAUCAAGACACAGCCUGUGGAGUUACCUGACCGUGCUGACAUCUCAGACGAUCUCAAAGAUUUGUUGCUGAAAAUGCUGGACAAGAAUCCAGAAACCAGGAUAUCAAUCCCACAGAUUAAGGUGCACCCAUGGGUAACAAGGCAUGGUGCUGAGCCUCUUCCUCCAGAGGAUGACAACUGUUGCAUGCUGAUUGAGGUGACGGAGGAGGAGGUGGAGAACUCUGUGAAGCACAUCCCCAGCCUGGCUACAGUGAUCCUGGUGCGAACUAUGCUGAGGAAGCGCUCCUUUGGGAACCCCUUCGAUUGGGCCCGUAAAGAAGACCGCAGCAAUUUGUGUGCUCCAGGGCAAAUGCUCACGAAACAGGAGAGCGGUGAUAGCAUGAGGAGUAUGGAACUGCCCUACGUGGGAGAGGACGAGGCUCUUUCCUGAUGCAGAGGGUUCAUUAUGCAUGCUGGUAUCUGCCUGCUUGCAACCACACAGCACAACGCCCCUUUACUCACAGUUUUAUACUGGCAGCCUACACCUGUGUACAUUUCCCGGGAGUGUGGACGAGUGUGGUGGACGCUGGGAAAAAAAGAAAUGAAGGAUCUAAGAACAACAGUUUUAAAUCUUAUUUUGUUCUCUCCUCUUAAAAGGCUCAGUUUGGGGUUGUGGGACUGUCCCAUGGGAACCCUCCAUGAGAGGAUCCUCCUGAACCUCAAGCCUGUCGUCAGCUGUUAUUGCCCAACCCACUCUCCCCCUCUUAUCCUGCAUGCAUUUAUAGUCUUAGCAUGCUUUUGUCUCAGGCUUCAACUGUACAGUUUUGUGUUUUAUCGUAGUCUAGCCACUUGUGUUUCUCCUUGUCUUUACUUGACAAUUCUUUCAGGUACACAGGGCGUGGGAACAGGCGACGGACGGCGACGGUUUGUGGGGACAUUUCUCUCUCUUUAGUAGAACAGGCUUCUUGACAAUGAUUGUCUGGUUCACUCUGCUUCAGAGUAGCAGUGCCCAGUUUUGUAACAUAUUUCAGAGUGAAGAAUCUGUACAGUUUUCCCAAAAAUGUAAAAGGGGAGUGAAAAAAUGUUUACUUCAUUGAAUGCAUGUGUUUACGUUCCCAAUGCAAACACUCUAUAAGCUAUCUAUGAAUAUUUGCACGCUCAUAGACCCACUUGUUUGACGCGAUUUUAUGUUUUAGUCUUAUCUUGAGCCGUCUUUACGUAGGCUCCCAUUUAUUACAAUCAAUAGAGAGCUUUAAAAACAGUUGAUAUAGUGCUUUGUGAACAAUCAGAUUCAUCCUUACAGCGUACAAGAUUAAAUAGGAAAAUAAUUAUUUUCUUCUUUUGCAAAGCUAGUGCUUUUUAGUGAGUCUUUUUUUAAGUGAUAUAAUUUAAGGUGUUUGUUAUACAUUUUUAAAAUUAAGAGCUACAACAAUGAGUAAUGAAGAUCUACCAAAUGCAUAUGAGAAAAACAGAAUGUGUUGGUGCAAAAAUUAUUCUGUAGCCAUUGUCUGCAAUGGUUCAGAUAGAGGUUUUUUUUUUAUUAUUGUUUUAACUACAAACCAGUUUUCUCCAAUUGUUUGAACACACAAGGUUGAGUAUGUGAUACUUAGGAACAGGGCCGGCCCUACACAUUAAGCUGUAUGAGCAGCUGCUUAGGGCCCCCUGGUCUCUGUGGGCCCCCCUAGAUUUGUUUUAAUCAAUAAGAGAGCAUAACAACAUAAAAAAAUUGAACUUCCUAAACAUUUCAUGCCAUAUUUAUAUAUUUAAAAACUGAAAAACAAUACGUUCAGAGACGGGCAAAAGGGACAAUUUAGGUAGGCUAAAGGCCUUUGCACACUGACUCCUCAUUUCCAUUUACAUAUAUAUAUAGAGACGAGGCAAGUGGAAGUCCAUUCAUUCCUAUGGGAAUCUCCGUGAUAUCCGAUGUACCUGCGAAACUCCUCCCCUCCGUAAUAUUUCGGACCGGACUUUGCUGCGAGUACGUUAAAAAAAUGUAACUUUUGCGCUAGAUUUCGGAGAGACAGUAUGACACUGUGCUAGCUUAGCUAACAGGCUAUUUCCUUCAAUUCAGUUGCCUGUGUUGAUCUUCAAGUGAGUUCAUGUGAUUAAAAAGAACUUGUUUAUCUAGUUUUAACACAUUGUGAAUGUGUAAUUUGACUCGUUCAGCCGUUCACAUGCCUUUUUGAUUAAAUAUUUCCUGUCACCCAUCUGGCAGGUCCUGUUUUUGUCCUGGUAAUAUCCCAAGCGUGACUACUGGAUGGUGAAAAAAUGGACAAAAUUAGCCUCUCUCAUGGCUACAGGUAGUUUCUAUUAGAGUUGUACCGAUACCAGUGUCGGAGAUGCCUCCGAUACUGCUUAAGAUGCGGUAUCGGGUAUCGGCGAGUACAGCCUAUGACCAAUCCGAUACCACGUAAUGCCUCACGUCAUUACGCAUACGCACGCUACAGGCAAAUGAAACGGAAACGGAGCGGAGUUUAAAAAGCAUUCUACUGUAACCUUUAAAGAAGUUUUAUGGCAUUCAUUCUACUAUUAUGUAUUUAUUUCUUAAUAUUUUACAUAGAGUUUUAGGAGUUGAGAAAUAGAACAAUUCAUAUCCCAUCCAUUUUUAUUUUACACGCUAGUAUCGGAUCGGUACUCGGUGUCGGCAGAUACCUAAGGUUCAGGGAUCGGAAUCGGUAUCGGGAAGGAAAAAGUGGUAUCGGUACAUC